UUUAUAAGUAAUCUCUACACCCAACUUGGGGCCUGAACUGACAACCCUGAGAUCAAGACUUGCACCCUCCACGGACUGAGCCAGCCUGGUGCCACAGCUUUGCCAAUCUGAUGGCCAGAAGAGCACUGAUCGUCCUGGCCCACGCAGAGAAGACAUCCUUCAACUAUGCCAUGAAGGAGGCUGCGGUGGAGGUCUUGAAAAGGAAAGGAUGGAAGGUCACUGUGUCAGACCUAUAUGCCAUGAACUUCAAUCCUGUCAUCUCCAGAAAGGACAUCACAGGCACACUGAAGGACCCAGGGAACUUUCAGUAUCCUGCCGAGUCUGUUCUAGCUUACAAGGAAGGCCGUCUGAGCCCGGAUAUCGUGGCGGAACAAAAGAAGCUGGAAGCCGCGGACCUUGUGAUUUUUCAGUUCCCACUGCAGUGGUUUGGAGUCCCUGCCAUCCUGAAAGGCUGGUUCGAGCGAGUGCUCAUAGGGGAGUUUGCUUACACAUAUGCUGCCAUGUAUGACAAGGGACCUUUCCGGAAUAAGAAGACCGUGCUUUCCGUUACCACUGGUGGCAGCGGCUCCAUGUACUCUCUGCAGGGUAUCCACGGAGACAUGAAUAUCAUUCUUUGGCCAAUUCAGAGUGGCACUCUCCAUUUCUGUGGCUUCCAAGUCUUGGAACCUCAACUGACAUACAGCAUUGGGCACACUCCUAUGGAUGCCCGAAUUCAGAUCUUGGAAGGAUGGAAGAAACGCCUGGAGAAUAUCUGGGAUGAGACUCCACUGUAUUUUGCUCCAAGUAGCCUCUUUGACUUAAACUUCCAGGCAGGAUUCUUGAUGAAAAAGGAAGUGCAGGAUGAGCAGAAAAAUGAAAAAUUUGGCCUUUCUGUGGGUCAUCAUUUGGGCAAAUCCAUCCCAACUGACAACCAGAUCAAAGCCAGAAAAUGAGAUUCACAAGACUUGGUUUCCUUAUAAAAUGUAGCAAAAUUGAGGUUUCUUAUUCAGACUUCCUUGACUUGCUUUAGUCCUUAAGACGGGUUUCUUUUUCCACAGGGAAUGAAUCGGGAACAGAAUAGACUGUAUUAAUAUAUUUUUGGUUAGUUUUCUUUCUGAUUAUGAUUGCUAUCUUGGCAAAAUCUGGUUAGGCUCAAGAGGCCACUUAGGUUAUAAAGCAGGGCAAGAAGUAGAAAGAUGCCAGACAAUAAUCUUUAUGGUCCUCUACACGAUUUAAUUCCUCUUAUUAGGGAUACAUUCUUAGGGCCAAAUGUGGCAAGGCAAAAUCCAACUCUUCAAUGAUAUAUUUUUCUUUUAAUCACCUCUCUGUGGCUUAUGGCAGAAGGGAAUUGCUGAGAGAAAGAAAUGACUGAAUCUGUCUGACCCAAGGGACUUGUUUAGUAGUUAGUAAUCUAUGCUUGUUUAUGGUAUUGGUUUUAAUUACUGCACAGUGACUAAUAUGCCUAAUGUUUUACUCUUGCUUCAACCUCUGUUGUUUGUAUACAGUACCUAGAGAUACCUUCAAGUAAAAGAUAAUAGAAGUCUC